AUGUCUGCCGACGAAGUAGCCCAGAAGCUGGAAAAGACUACGUUGAAUUCUGUUAGCCAUCCAUUGAACACAAAAUGGACUUUAUGGUACACUAAGCCUGCUAUCGACAAGAGUGAAUCUUGGUCUGAUCUAUUGCGUCCUGUCACUUCUUUUAAGACUGUUGAGGAAUUCUGGGCUGUUCAACAAAAUGUCCCAGAACCUAGAGAUUUACCAAUGAAAUCUGAUUAUCAUGUUUUUCGUAACGAUAUUAGACCAGAAUGGGAAGAUGCUGCUAAUGCUAAAGGUGGUAAGUGGUCUGCUCAAAUCAGGGGUAAUAAGCAUUCUGAAAUCAAUCAAUUAUGGUUAAAGGCAGUUUUAUCUGUCAUUGGUGAAACCGUUGAUGAAGAUGAAUCUGAAGUCAAUGGUGUUGUCUUAAGUGUCAGAAAAGGUAAUUUCAAGAUUGCUUUAUGGACUAAGUCAGAAUCAAAAGAACCAUUACAAAAGAUUGGUGCCCGUUUCAAGAAAAUCUUGGAAUUAGAGGACGAUGAACAUUUAGAUUUUUUCCCUCAUUCCAUUGCUAACGUUAAACACCCACAACCAGCUAUUAGUUUAUAA